AUGAGCUACAAUCUUGUCCUCCUGGUUGUUGUCCUGGGCAUCGGUGGAGCUUCCCAGUAUGGACUGCAGACCUCCAUUAUCAAUUCUCCUGCUGAGUACAUCCAAGGCUUCAUCCGUGAGACCUGGCGGCAGAGGUACGGCUCCUCCCUCAGCGAAGAGAUGAUCACUCUGAUGUGGUCCUUCGUGGUCUCCAUCUACAGCAUCGGUGGACUCCUAGGGUCCUUGUCUGCUGGAUAUCUGUCUGUUAGAUAUGGAAGGAAGAAGGCCAUGCUCUUUGCCAACAUCCCUGCUCUGCUGAGUGCAGCUCUGAUGGGACUCAGCCACCUGUGUGGAUCCUUUGAGAUGAUCAUUGCUGGAAGAUUGAUCUCUGGCGUGUGUGGAGGUUUAGGUCUGAACAUCCACCUGAUGUACGCUGGGGAAUGUGCCCCGCGGAAGCUCCGAGGGCUCACUGCCAUCACAGUUUCGACUGCCAUCGCCCUCGGCAAGUUUGCAGGGUUUGCUCUGGGGCUCAGGGAGGUUCUCGGCGUAGAUGAUCUCUGGCCUGUUCUCAUGGCAGCCAGCGCAGUUCCUGCCCUCAUUCAGCUUCUCACCGUCCCCUUCUUCCCAGACUCUCCUCGCUACUUGCUCAUUGACAAAAAGGACAAGGAGGCAUGCAUCAGAGCUGUGAAGCAGCUCUGGGGUGAUGGUGACCACAAGGCCGAAAUAGAUGACAUGGUGGCAGAGCAAGAAGCCAUCUGUGGGGAGAAGCCCAAGGGUGUUUGUGACCUGAUCCGGGACAGAUCUGUGCGCUGGCAAUUCAUCACUCUCUUCCUUGUCUCCUCCUGCAUGCAGCUGAUUGGUGCCAACAUGGUUUCCUUUUACGCCUACAAUGUCUUCAUCGAGGCUGGAAUCCCCCCUGACCAAACCCACUACGUGUCCCUGGGACUUGGCAUCACCGAGAUCCUCGCCACAGUCCUCUGUGGCUUCCUGAUUGAGCGUGCAGGGAGGAAGACCCUGCUGUGGAGAAGCUACACAGUUAUGGCCUUGGCUUUAGGGCUCCUCACAGCCACGCUUUCACUACAGGAUUCCUUUUCCUGGGUGCCAUACUGCUCUGUUGCACUCAUCUUUAUUUUCAUCAUGUCCUUUGGUGUUGGGCCAGCUGGAGUAUUAUGCCCCUUGAUCACAGAAAUAUUUAUUCAGUCAUACAGACCAGCUGCUUAUGUUUUCAAUGGCAUUGUAAGCUGGAUCCUACUCUUCAUCCUGGGAUUUGCAUUCCCUUUCGUUGUGGAAGGUCUUGGCAGUUUCUGUUUCAUCAUUUUCCUGACAUACUGCCUGUCCAUGGCUGUCUAUGUCUUCCUGAUGCUGCCAGAGACCAAGGGAAAGACCAUGCUGCAGGUCAUGGAGGAGUUCAACCGCCUGAACUACCGUGGCAAGAAGAGACAGACAGCCCCACCACAGAGUACCUGCUCAGUGAUGGUUGUAACUAGGCUUUAAUAACAAACUCUCCACUCCAUACCCCCGUCUGUUAUUACUGUAGUGCCCAGAAGCCUCACUAAGCAAGAGAGAAUCCAUUACUCCACAAACAGCACAAAUGUGUAUCUUUAAACGAAUCAUCUGCAGUGCAGGGUGCAAGACAAAGCUAUAAAGCUGGUGGUGCUCUCCAGCUGCUGAAGUAUGAGCUGAAGCAAAUCCUCUGCACAAAAACACCUAACCAGAAUGUAGAAAGGAAUAAGACACCUGACAGUCCCUGCAAGUUAGCAGCUGUGUGAACUGCAAACACAGGAGCUGCUGGUUUCCUCUGCAGAGCCAGGCCUCCACAGAUACCUGGAGAAGUGAGUGUGGAGAGUUCAGAUGUUCAGCAUGCUUGUGAAACUGAGAGAAGACAGAGCCUUUGCGUGGAAGUUGUCUGUUCCUGUGAACAAGUCAGUGCUGCUGAGCUUUCCCAAAGGAGUUUCAGUCCAGAUGAGAUGUGCAGCUCUUCAAUCCAGUACCUUGCCUCUCAGCAGACAGAACUGGGAUGCGACAUAUCUUCCUCUCACAGACAGACUUGAGAGCAAGCACAUGGCAUAGGGGCAGCUAGGACUUCCUGGAGGAGCCUGUGGCCACAGUUCCGUGAGCUGCAGCACAGCCUUCAUCCUUUUUAUUUGUUUGUUUGGUUUGCUACAUCAGAAGAAGAAAGCUGCCAAGGAGUUAAGAGGUCCUGGUGUAAAGAAGACACUAUGCUACAGAAGCAUCUAAGCAUCCUGUCACCUCAAGCCAAACUUCUCGCUUGGUCACCAGGGACAUUGCCUAGAUUUGGAAGGUUCUUGCACUGGGAUGAGCGGGGAUAUGUCAGCACUGAAGGAAGGCUUGAGAGAAGAAGGCAGAGCUGCAGAAGUUGUGAGUGGGCUCAUCCACAGAGAAGGGCAAAUGCUCCUUCAGUAGCAAAGACCACACUGCGUGUCCUCAGCCUGCAGUUACUCAUCAGAGAAGGAACAGUGGCUUUCAGUGGCACUGAGUUCCCAAGAGUAACUGGGACACAAAAGAAGAGUGGUUCCUCCUCUGGAGAAGCCAAUCUGAAUGUCUGCCUCUGCUUCUCUCUCCAGGUCUCUGAAUGCUCCCCAUUUUUAUUGCAAAGCCUGGUAGAAAUGGCUUCACUGUUUCUACUCACUGCUACCUGCUGUGUUGUGCUCUUGCUCUUCUUCAUGCUUUGCAGUUUACUGAUAUGGAAAUUAAAAGAGCAGUGACUAGGAAAGCUGUGCCUGGAUUGGGUUUUCAUUGAUGGAAGAGUCAGGGACAGAGAUGAGCCCAUCUUCUGGGAGUGUGUUGUUGGGGUAAUGGGGUAUGGUGUCUGUUUUGUUCUGGAAAGGAGAUCUUUGCUACUGACUGUUGCAGAUGCUGCACAAUAAACUUUGCACAAGGACCAAAA